CGUGCUCGCGCUCCUGCUCACUAGAAGUUUGGCGUGUCACAUCAAGGGAGAAUCCCGAGCAACAUAGAUGCGCCAAACCCUUUUUGCAGUUUUUUCCUUGGAUAAUGGCUUUUCCUGGUUCGCGUUUGAGAGGUUCUGACAUGUUUUGGAAUAUAUCACAGAAAAGCUUUUAAUUCUGGAGAAAAUUAAAGGACUUGCGCAUCGCAAAGGGAUAGAAACUGCAUCUGAAAGAAACAAAUGGAUCUCAGCGAGUAUCAGUGUCUUACCAGAACGGAUUUUUCCGCGGUACACUGAAAGUAAAGGAGAUGCUUAUGGGAACCUCCAAUUCCUUAUCUAUAAGGAUACCAUUGUCAGGCGCUUUAUCAUGACUGAUGGCGAGGGGAGAGAACACUUUCAUUACUUGGAGAGAGACGAGGUAAGAGUUCCCAUCUCAGCCCUGUACCGGGCGCCUGGUCACGGUGAAGAGAUCGGCGAUGAGGAGGAAAAAAGCAGCACAUGGAUCCCCGUACAUGAGAGCUCUCAGGGACAGGGGUCCGGGGCCCGGGACCCCACUCCGGAUUUGGUCUCUGAUGAGGAGGAGCAGCCUCCCUAUCCAGCGCUCGCGCCCGUGGUGUUCUUCUGCAUCAAACAGACCACUCGUCCACGGAGCUGGUGUCUAAGGAUGGUUUGCAACCCAUGGUUUGAGCAUGUGAGCAUGCUGGUCAUUCUGUUGAACUGUGUGACUCUGGGCAUGUUUCAGCCAUGUGAGGACCUCAAGUGCCAGUCUGAGUGGUGUAUCAUCCUGCAGGCAUUUGAUGACUGCAUCUUCGCCUUCUUCGCUGUGGAGAUGGUCAUCAAAAUGAUAGCCCUGGGGAUUUUCGGAUCAAAGUGUUACCUUGGCGACACGUGGAACCGCCUGGACUUCUUCAUUGUCAUGGCAGGGAUGAUGGAGUACUCACUGGACGGUCAUAACGCCAGCUUGUCAGCCAUUCGGACUGUGCGAGUGCUCAGGCCCCUGCGAGCCAUCAACAGAGUGCCCAGUAUGAGGAUACUGGUUACUCUGCUUCUAGAUACUCUGCCUAUGUUAGGCAACGUCCUCCUGCUGUGCUUUUUUGUCUUCUUUAUAUUCGGGAUCGUCGGGGUGCAGCUCUGGGCUGGACUUCUGAGGAAUCGCUGUUUCAUGCCAAAUGACGUGAAAGACUUCUACAAUCUGUCCUUGAUGAGUUCGUACUUCAUGCAUGAGGACGGCGAGGACAACCCCUUCAUCUGUUCAGCCAAUAAGGAUAACGGCAUGCUGCGCUGUAGAGCGGUGCCUCCCCUCAAGGAGGGUGAUAUUGAGUGCACCUUAAAAGAGCCUCCACCGGGACACGCCUACUUUGGCCUGGAUGGACCCAGCAGGAACACCUGCGUUAACUGGAACCACUUUUACAAUAUGUGUCAGCCUGGGAAGCUCAACCCUCACAAAGGGGCGGUGAACUUUGAUAAUAUUGGAUAUGCCUGGAUUGCGAUAUUCCAGGUUAUUACUUUGGAAGGAUGGGUGGACAUCAUGUAUUACGUUAUGGAUGCCCACUCCUUUUACAAUUUUAUAUAUUUUAUAUUGCUUAUUAUAGUGGGCUCCUUCUUCAUGAUCAACCUGUGCCUGGUUGUAAUAGCAACCCAGUUCUCUGAAACAAAGCAGCGUGAGAACCAGCUGAUGCAAGAGCAAAGAGCACGCUACCUCUCCAACGACAGCACGCUUGCCAGCUACUCCGAGCCGGGAAGCUGCUACGAGGAGAUGCUCAGGUACAUCAGCCAUCUGUACCGCAAGGUGAAGCGUCGGGCGUCCCGCCUCUACCUUGGCUGGCAGAGCAAGCGCAGGAAGAAAGUGAACCCCAACAGCGGGCUGAGUGGGGGAGGCGGGACUGGAGGCGGGGCUGGAGGCGGGGCCAAUGGCCACAGCAGGCACAGGGGCGGCGGUCACUGGAUCCGUUCUGUCCACAACCUUGUACAGAAGCACCAACGUCAGCACUGUCAUCACAGCAAUGGCAGCCCGAGCCCUCUGACCCCCACAGGCCCCGGCGAGGCCCUGGAGAUGAGAUGCAUCACGACGGGGCCGCAGCUGACCGUGUCCACUGACCCGAAUCUUUCUUCCAGGACUCAAUCAGUGCAAAGUAUUUAUCAAGGGGACUUUCAUGAAGCCCCGCAGGUGCAUUCAGGCACCGUGGCGGGCGCGCCGCCGCUUGGGCGAAUAAACGGGGGGAUGAACUAUCCAACCAUCUUGCCCUCCUUUAUCUGCGGCUACAAAAGCAACAACCCUGCAGGUAAAGGCAGAGGGGACUCGAACUCCAGCUCAGAAUGUGAUGCCAUAGAUCCCUUUGAGAAGCUGCAGCAGCUGGUGGGAGAGCACAGUCACAGCCGUGUGCUGUUACAGAUGGCUGGUCUGGUACCUAGCCCUCUGCUCUGUGAGCUCUUAAGCUGUCCGUAUUGUGCAAGGGCUCUGGAGACCAUGGACCUGGAGCUCGGUGAUUCAGACUGCUCCAGGUCAGAAGGGGACGUGGUGUACGAGUUCCCCCAUGGAGCGGAAUUCAAACGCGGCCGCUCAUCCCAUCAUAAUUUACUGGAGGAGAGCAACCAACUGGCGCAGUAUUGGGAAAACUUCCGGGACAGAUUGAUACGCAUAGUGGACAGCAAGUACUUUAAUCAAGGAAUUAUGAUUGCCAUCCUCAUCAACACCUUAAGCAUGGGGAUUGAAUACCAUGAGCAGCCUGAAGAGCUGACAAACAUCCUGGAGAUCAGCAAUAUUGUCUUCACAAGCAUGUUUGUCCUCGAAAUGCUCUUCAAACUGCUGGCCUUUGGCAUCUUCGGCUACAUCAAGAAUCCUUACAACAUCUUUGAUGGCAUUAUUGUGGUCAUAAGUGUGUGGGAGAUCAUAGGACAAGCGGAUGGAGGCCUCUCGGUUCUGAGGACGUUCCGCCUCCUGCGUGUGCUCAAACUGGUGCGCUUCCUCCCUGCGCUGCGCAGACAGCUGGUGGUCCUUAUGAAGACUAUGGACAACGUGGCCACAUUCUGCAUGCUGCUGAUGCUUUUCAUCUUCACAUUCAGCAUUCUUGGGAUGCAUCUGUUUGGGUGCAAAUUCAGCAUGAAGAUGGAGAAUGGAGACACGAUUCCAGACAGGAAAAACUUUGAUUCUCUGCUGUGGGCGAUUGUCACUGUGUUUCAGAUUCUCACCCAGGAAGACUGGAAUGUGGUCUUGUAUAAUGGAAUGGCUUCCACCACUCCAUGGGCAGCUCUUUACUUUGUGGCACUGAUGACUUUUGGGAAUUACGUGCUUUUUAACCUGCUGGUGGCCAUAUUAGUGGAGGGCUUUCAGGCAGAGGGGGAUGCUAACAAGUCGGACACAGAUGAGGAAAAGAGGUCGGUGAACUUUGAAGAGGAGGAGAAGAUGGGGGAAUUACGAGCCACAGAACUAAAGAUGUACUCUCUGAUGAUGACAGCGAAUGGGCAUGUGGAUCUUCGGGGCACUUUGCCUCCACCAAUCAUCAUGCGCACUGCUGCCACACCCAUGCCCACUCCCAAGAGCUCUCUUGGCCCAGAGUCGGUGUUUGGCUCGGCCGAGUCGAGGCGGGGCAGUGGGGUCUCCAUAGAUCCAAAUGCCUUCGAUCAGAAAUCCCUGACUAGUCCAAGAAGAUCUCCAUGUCACCCCCGUGGCUCAGGCAGUAACUGGGGCAGUCGCAGGUCCAGCUGGAACAGCUUAGGACGGGCGCCGAGCUUGAAAAGAAAAGACACGUCUGGGGAAAGGGAGUCUCUGUUGUCUGAGGAAGGCAGGGGCAGCUUUGAGAGUGAGGAUUCGGAGGGAGACAAGAUGGCCAAUACCAGUGGGGGCUCAAUUCUGCCUCCCAGCUCUCUGGAUAUCCCUGAGCUGCCGCAGGCCCCCAGCUUCAGCCCAUUGGGAGAGUAUCAUGACUGCAAUGGAAGAACCCUACACCUGCCCACUGACCUGUCCACCAGCCUGGGCAAAGAAGAUUCCAUCACGGAGGAGGAGGAUUUGGAUGAUAGCUUCUGUUUCCGUCUGAAGAGGACGUUUCAAGCAUAUAAACCUCAGUGGUGUAAAGAUCAUGAGGACUGGUCACUUUAUCUGUUCUCUCCUCAGAACACGUUUCGAAUGAUGUGUCAAAGGUUAAUUUCUCACAAGAUGUUUGAUCAUGUGGUCCUGGUAUUCAUCUUCUUAAAUUGUAUCACGAUUGCUCUGGAAAGACCCAUGAUCCUGCAAUCUGAGAGGGUGUUUCUCACUAUUUCCAAUUAUGUUUUCACUGUGAUCUUUGUUGCUGAAAUGACUGUGAAGGUGGUGGCCCUUGGCUUCUGUGCCGGGAAGCACAGCUAUCUUAAGAGCACCUGGAACGUUCUGGAUGGAGUGCUGGUGUUUGUCUCGCUCAUGGACAUUCUGGUUUCAGUGGCUUCCACCGGUGGAAACAGGAUUUUCGGGAUCCUGAGGGUUCUUCGCCUGCUGAGAACCCUGCGGCCUCUGAGGGUGAUUAGCCGAGCUCCAGGACUAAAGCUUGUAGUGGAAACACUCAUAACGUCCCUGAGGCCCAUCGGGAACAUUGUGCUGAUCUGCUGUGCCUUCUUUAUUGUCUUUGGCAUUCUGGGUGUCCAGCUCUUCAAAGGAAAGUUUUAUCAUUGUGAAGGUCUCGAAACUAAAAACAUCCACAAUAAGUCUGAGUGUCUUCAAGCAAACUACAAGUGGAUUCGGAGAAAGUACAACUUUGACAAUUUGGGACAGGCCCUCAUGUCGCUGUUUGUGCUGUCCUGUAAGGACGGGUGGGUGAAUAUAAUGUACGACGGACUGGAUGCUGUGGGCGUGGACAAGCAGCCCGAGCGCAAUCAUAAUCCUUGGAUGCUCCUCUACUUCAUCUCCUUCCUGCUGAUCGUCAGCUUCUUUGUGCUGAACAUGUUUGUUGGGGUGGUGGUGGAGAACUUCCACAAGUGCAGACAGGACCAGGAGGAAGAGGAGGCACGUCUGCGCGAGGAGAAGAGGCAGAGGCUGCUGGAGAAAAAGCGCAGGAGUAAGGAGAAAUGCGGGUCUGAGGCCCAGCAGAGGCCCUAUUAUGCAGACUACUCUCCGGCCCGGCUUUACAUCCACACACUGUGUACCAACCACUAUCUGGACCUCUUCAUCACAGGCAUCAUCUGUAUCAAUGUGGUCACCAUGUCUAUCGAGCAUUUCCAACAGCCUCCGUACCUGGACGAGGGCUUGAAAUACUGUAACUAUGUCUUUACCAUCAUCUUCAUUAUUGAGGCUUUACUCAAACUGGUGGCCUUUGGCUUUCGGAGAUUCUUCAAAGACAGAUGGAACCAGCUGGAUCUAGCAAUAGUCCUGCUCUCUGUCAUGGGCAUCACGCUGGAGGAGAUCAAGAUGAAUGCAGCACUGCCCAUCAACCCUACAAUCAUCCGCAUUAUGAGAGUGCUGAGGAUAGCCAGAGUACUGAAGCUUCUAAAGAUGGCUACUGGCAUGAGAGCUCUGUUGGAUACAGUGAUGCAGGCUUUACCACAGGUGGGAAAUCUGGGCUUGCUGUUUAUGCUGCUCUUCUUCAUUUAUGCAGCACUUGGCGUGGAGCUUUUUGGGAAACUAGAAUGCAAUGACAACAACCCAUGUGAAGGACUAAGUCAACAUGCGACCUUUGAGAACUUUGGAAUGGCCUUUUUAACUUUAUUCAGAGUGUCAACGGGGGACAACUGGAAUGGAAUAAUGAAGGACACUCUGCGGGAGUGCACUCCAGAAGAUAAGCACUGCCUCAGCUACUUGCCCCUGGUGUCCCCCAUCUACUUUGUCACUUUUGUGCUAAUUGCUCAGUUUGUGCUGGUUAAUGUUGUGGUGGCUGUUCUGAUGAAACAUCUGGAGGAGAGCAACAAAGAAGCUAAAGAAGAUGCAGAAAUGGAUGCCGAGAUCGAGAUGGAGAUGGAAAUGGCUCGGCGUCUCAGUAUCGCCUCAGAAGGGAGUUCUUUAGGGCCUGAGGGAAGAGCAACUUAUGUAGGACCAUGGCCAGAUUCACCUGGAGAGGAUGAGGCGAUGCAGAGGACUCAGGAGAAUUUGCUAUCUCCACGGAAAAUGUCGGUGUCAAGGAUGCAUUCUCUGCCCAAUGAUAGCUAUAUGUUUCGCCCGGUGAGACCAACCAGCGCACCGUAUCCACUGGAGGAGGUGGAACCCAGUCAGGGGUACCUAGAAUUAGGCUCCACCACGUCGGUUCACUCCCAGCCAUGUGAAGGUUAUUCCCUGCUCCAGGUCCCUGGUGUUCCACCCCAUUCCCAGUUGUACAACUGCCUUCCUAAAAUUCCUCCUCCCCAGCCCUCUCCAACCCAUAGCAUACGCAGGACUCCACGAAGACAGGAGGCAAUAAAAAAUGACUCCAUAGAUGGGCAAGGUACUGACUCCAAAGACAAUCUCGACAGACCAGGGAAAAGCAAAAGCAGCUUCAAGCUGCCCGUUCCCCGGAUCUCUGGGCCCAGCAGCUCCCAAGGAUCACCCUCGCUACCCCCACGUGGACGCGUACCCAGUGUCCGCACCUUCCGGCAGCCCCACAGGCAGCACAAUAUCCCUUCGCGAUCUCCAAGCCAGGCCAGCAGCAGCAGAAGCACCAGCCCUAGCGGCUCCAUGUUUGAAUUAGCUGAUCCGAUGGAUGAUGAGGUCUGCCACAUCAACAGUACAGCAAGGCUGUGGGCAGGGGUCCAGACAGAAGCACGCAGUCACUCUCUGUCUCCCUACACCGCCUCAGGGACACUGCUUCCAGUCCCGGUGAAGAACUGCAGCAGUGCUGCCAAAUUAGCCGAGUUAAGCAUCAAAGAUCCCAAGAAGUGCUUCAGAGUGGACACCGAGGGUUUUCUGGAAAAGCCUUACGGUGCCGAUGAUCAUCGCCGGCAUUCCAUUGAGAUUUGUCCUUCAGUAGACAAUGGGGUGUUCGGUCAAGAACUGGUCGAAAAGAGGCACGGUCCAAUGCGCGGACAGUCUCUGCACAUUCCCAGGAAGAAAAAGAUGAGCCCUCCUUGUAUCUCCAUAGAGCCCCCAAUUGAAAUGGGGGCCCCUGCCUCUCUCGCAUCCAUGAAAAAGCUGACGGAGAGCAGCAUGUUACUGCGGCGGAGGACGCCGUCGUACGACCUGGCCCUGCAGCAGGACUCUCUGGAUUUGCCAGAGAACCAGCUGUCCACCCAGCCGCUCAUCAAAGUAGAGCGGCACCCCUCUCACUGUGCAGAGUAUCUGUCACUACCGCACCCCACCCCCAUGAGCGGUCUGACGGGCAUUCUGUGUGAAAGCACACAGCCACCUCCCUUUGACAGCAGAUUUGAAGAAUCCACAGACUUCGGCACUGUAAACAGAACAGCCCAAUAAGGGACAUCAAUUUUGGUGGCUUUAGCCAAAUUUUAUCAUCUGCACACAAGUGUGUGGCAUCUAGUUGAACAGGGGACAUAAACCUCUCUCUGUAGCCAAAGUUUUCUGUUUUCAAACGUAAUAUUGUCAUGAAAGCCAGCCAGGAAUGGCAACCGAACCUAGCGGGGACAGCGUUUGAUCUGACUGGUGAUCGGGCAAGGUGUUGAACAUGGGAUAUGCAAUUUCAGAUUUCCAAAUGGAACUCUGGUUCUUAAUUUAAUCCCAGUGCUCAAUCACAUUGAUUUGAGUUCAGGAUGUUUAGUGUUAUGUACCACCUGUAUAAUAUUUGUCAGUCUUUCUUCUCUUUGUCAUGAGCAUUGCUAAUGUUUUCUGUAAAGACAGACUAUACGGAUUAAAAAGAGCUGUACAUGUUAUGUACUUUAUUGACUCCUAAUGUGUAAAUAGAGAAUUGUAUUAGUGAAGAAACUCUAGAAAGCUCUAUUCAUAUGCACAUAUUUUUUAUAGAGAUAUAUAAUGUUUUUGCACAUAUCAAUUUGAAUCGUCCUCUGUUGUCUUCUUGUGAAUGUACAUUUUUUAAUCGAAUAGCUGUGGGAUCAAUUAUAGUCUGUUUAGGCCUACUGAUAUUGAGAUGAUUUUUAUUUUUCUAUUGGGAUGAGGGGUGUGUCAUGUUAUAUACAUCCAAUGAGAACCAAACAACACGUGAUCUGUAGCCUGAGUGCAAUACGCUAUACAUGUUUCUGUAAGUUAGGUUGCUCACUUUACAUAGCCAGUAACGUGCAUCUCACCUACACAACCCUUUACCAUACUCAGGUUCAUCUCAAAAUGUAUAUUUAGAUUUCCAAUACACUAUAACCUGAUUUAACCGCAACAUAACCUACUUUAAUAUUUUUACGGCCCUAGGCUGUGGCACAUGUUGCAUGUGAAGGACAGAUUCAUUCAGUUGUAAAUGUGACCUUGUUCUGUUUAUCCUGAUGUUCAGAUUUCUUAAAGUCAGGAGAAGACUAAAGGAGUUGAUUUCUGCACAUGUGUGAUCUAUUUUUUGAUCUAUAUAGCUUUGAAAUGGCACUUUUUUACAUUUGUGCCUGCAACAAGGAGACAACUAUUUAAUGAAAGGAAGACAAAGAAAUGUUUGAUUUAUGUAUAGUUGAGGUAAGCCAUUGCAGUAUGGCUUAGUUUCACAGGUAAACUAUACCUGCAAAUCCUAUUCUUAAUAUUAUACAUUUCACAACUAUCCAGUGUCAUAUCACCGCUUACUCACAUUUAAAAUAGUCGACGCAGCUUUUAUGCUGUGAAAAUUUACUAUUUUCCUCAAGUCUAAAUUUCCUCAAAAAAGAUGAAGAGGGAAAAUUUCUUGCAUGUUCUUGAAAAGUUUAGAAAUACAAAGCAGGAUGUUUUUUGAAGUUUUUGAUAUUUCGAUUAACAGAUAUUUUCCAUUUGUAGACUUAUCUAAUUGCACUGGGGUGUAAUUACAAGGUAUUCCUCUUUGUAGAAGUAAACCCAUUUAUCGCUGUCUAAUGCAAUAUUUUAUGAAUCUAUGUUGAAAUGAGUUAAAAAAAAAUUCAUGGUAAGCAAACAUGAAGAAUUAUGAAAGUACUCCAACUGAUUUCAAGAUUAUGUUGUCAGUUAAACAUUGGACUUUGAGACUAACGUGUGCGGAGUUUCAUAUAUCUUAAGGUACCAGAUCAACGUUUGUUGCAGAAGGAUUUUGGGAUUUUUUUAUUGAUAGAGAUGGAAGGAUGGAGUAGUAUGUUAAUGCUUAAAGUGUUUUUUAAUCGCACUCAAAAUAGCUGUUUUUUGAAUAUGAGCUUUUGCCAUCAAACAGCCUAAUGUCCUUAACCCUUCAAUAAAUAAUCAAAGCAUUUUCCUCAAGCUUUCAUGAUGACAGAAAUUUCUCUGUGUUGUUUCUAUUUUCUGUUAGAAUAAGAACUUUGUUUAAAAGCGAACUGUCUGCAAUAAGUUUGAUUUUGAUAUGACUUGGUUGAUAAAGCAGAAGGGUUUGAAAAUCUAUAGAACUGUAUUUCUACAUUGUAUUUUAUUCUGUAAUGACCACAACUAAUCUGAGAGAUAUUCUCUAUCAUCUACAGAUAAAUCUUUUUAUUGCAAAAGUAA